AUGAAUGAAGGUUUACCCGCACAUCAAGAAAACUUGUCUACGAACGAUGAACUUUUGUAUGCAAACGAAUUUGCUAUUCCUCCUCCAAGACAGGAAAAUGUUACUGAAUUAACUCGCUAUUUGAAUGCAUUUAAAAAUGCUUAUAACGAUAAAAAAUACGAGUGCGAGAGGCAUGAGCUUGAAUAUAAUCUUGAGCGAAUAGCGUUAAGAAAUCGAGAUAUGGAUUUGGCUAACAAUCAAUUUCAAAGUAACAUACAGGAAUCCAACAACAUUCAGCCUCCAAGCUGGUUCGUUAACUUUUUUAAUGAUCCUAACGUCGGAUUCGUUGCUAUAAAACGGGAACUAAUUUCCUUAGAAGAACGAAUGAAUCAACGGCUUGAAGCCAUGGAGGCAAGACAAAAUCAACGAUUUGAAGCCUUAGAAGAACGAAUGAAUCAACGGUUUGAAGCCAUGGAGGCAAGACAAAAUCAACGAUUUGAAGCCUUGGAUGGACGACUUUAUGGAAUAGAACAAAAAUUGAACAGACAAGAGUACAGAUAUUGCAGAUUGCACAACAUCCAACUGAGAUUUUUAGGAAAAUCGGUUGAAGUCGUUCCAUUCUUAAACGCUGAAGAACCCGAUUCAGAUUUACCGAGAAUUCAUUCGGUUGAAGAUAUUGAAAAUUUAACAAAAAACCAAUGUACUAACUAUCUUGAUGGUUAUGGAAUCCGAUAUGGACCCAAUGAAACGAUAAAAUUGAAGGAACGUCUUCGUGAUGCCGUGGGAUUACAGUCUUUAGGAGAUGCCGAGUUUCGAUUUUCUGAGUUCAGCUGAUUUUAUUUCCGGACAUUUGUUUUAUUCGUUGCAAGAAAAUUAAUUGAAUGAGUUUUUCGUUGUUUAAUGUUUUAGCGAAAUAAUUUUUGUGUCAUGGAUCCUACUGUCCAAGGUAUACUCUCAACGGAGCAUGUUUAGUCAUUCGUAAUCAUUGCUAUAGGGAAAUCAUUGAUUAUUCGCGAGGGUGAAAGAGAACCUAAAAAAGUUGAGGAUGUUUCCAAAAGUGCUAACGGCGAAGGUAAUAUAUUCAUGAUCUUAGUAUUAUUAUUUAUUUAUUUUACAUUUCUUAGAACUCGUUAUUAAUGUUCUCUAAUAAUGUUUAUGAGCCCCAUUUUGCCUAGCAUUGAACACCUGGAGGCAUGCUAUACUUAGGUAAUUAUAAUGCAUUAUAAUAAGUAUAUAAACAAAAAAAAGACUAUUUUUCUAAACUUUGCA